AUGGUCGCUCACGAUGAAGAAGCUGAUGCUUUGCUUGAGGAGUUUGAACUGAGAGAGGAGGUCAAGGUGCGAGAUGAUCGAGUCCUACCUUUGGUUUGUUGCACGUGCGGUUGGAGAUGGAUAGCAGCUCUUAUCGUGGUCGCGCUACUAUCGGCAAUCGGGGUCGUAGUGGCAUUGCAUGGUCUGUCAAGCAGCCAACCAAGCAAUGAUACCACCGGACAUCUUGGGUACCGACUCCAUCCUCAGAAUCAUACAUCGCGUCCCCCAACAACACUCUCAUUCAACUGGACUAUCACAACUGGAACCAGAUCACCAGAUGGAGUUGAGAAACAAGUGUACCUUGUCAACGACGAGUUUCCAGGGCCGCUCAUAGAGGCCCGGUCCGGUGACAGAGUUGUGAUUCAUGUUCACAACGGCCUUCAAGAUGAAAGUGUAUCUCUUCAUUGGCACGGCCUGCGCAUGAAGGACCAGAACAAUAUGGACGGUGCUGUUGGGUUUACACAAUGCCCUAUCGCUCCUGGUAGAACCUUCACUUACAAUUUCACUAUUGGCGCUGAAGAAUACGGGACCUUUUGGUGGCAUUCCCAUUCCGAUGUUCAACGCGCUGAUGGACUAUGGGGAGGUCUUGUCGUUCACUAUCCACAUGAGGUUGAUAUCCCCCAAGAAGAUUACCUGGUCAUGAUCGGUGAUUGGUUUCACCAAAACCAGACGGAAGUGCUACGCUGGUAUGCCGAUGCGAGUAGUCGGGGGAAUGAACCUGUUCCAGAUUCGCUGCUUGUCAAUGGAAAAGGACGCUUCAACUGCUCUAUGGUUGUUCCUGCGAGACCAGUCGCCUGUUCGCAGGUCCAGUUCAGUGACCUCAAACCCCUCAUGACGUCUAGGAGCCAGAAUAAAGUCAGACUCAGAGUUGUUAACACAGGCUCCGUCGCAGGUCUUUCUUUGGGGGUUGGCAGAGCAAUCCUUCGACCAGUUCGCAUGGAUGGAGGCUUUGCUGUCAAGUCUGAAGCUGCUGAAACAGUCGGUACCCUGUAUCCUGGUGAGAGAGUUGACCUCGAGGUUGAAUGGAAGCGGAACCACCCGGGAGACGAUUGGCUUACCAUUUACAUGGAUGAUGAGAACUUUGGCUAUCCCAACCUAGCGCUGAACCCAACCCAAAGCUUCCCAAUGUUCAGCUCAAGCACAAAGGGGUCAUUCAACGAACCUGUCCCUCAGCCUUUGGAUGAAGGUGCGAUCCAAGUCCUUGACUCGCAGAAUCUCAAAGCUGCCGCCAAGGUAUCGGAUCUCCCACCAAAGGCAGAACAGACUAUUCUUUUGUACGCCAAGGUUGAGAAGCUGGCGCACAUGGACUAUGCACCAGUCGGAUUCAUCAACCAUACAUCCUGGACGCCACAAACGCCACCUCUACUGGCUCAAAAUCGGACUUCAUGGGGCGAUGAUCAACUCAUCCCAUUUAUCGGAAUAUCAGACCGCAAACCAAAGAGAGUUGACCUUAUCAUCAACAAUCUAGAUGAUGGCGCGCACCCGUUUCAUCUUCAUGGACAUUCAUUCUACGUUCUAUCAUCAUAUAGAAAUCCAGGUCGCGGGAGCUGGGGCAGCUAUAACCCCUACACGGAUGAAGCGCCGCCAAACGGUUUAAAUCUUGCGUUUCCAGUGCGAAAGGAUACCGUUAGUGUACCACGGCGCGGCCAUGUCGUAUUGGCGUUGGUCGCUGAUAACCCGGGAAUAUGGGCGUUGCAUUGCCAUAUGCUUGUUCACAUGGCGCGGGGUAUGGCGAUGGGGUUACAUGUUGGUGAUAUCGAGGAUCCAGAGCAUAUUAGCUCGGUAGAUCAAAGGGCGGCAGAGUUGUGCACAUAA